AUGAUACGAUGGCACUUUAGGUACCUACCUCCAGACAGAGGCAAUACAGACAGGAAAAUUGGGGGAAACGAUCACACAGCAAUGAAGAUUCUAUACGUAAUCUUUCUUCUAUGGCUGGACAAGCAAUAA